AUGCUGCGUUACCAUGGAGAUGGGGGCGUGGCUGGUGCGUGUCACUGAAGGGAAGUAUUAGCCGUCCAUGAUUGGUUCGGGCAAACCUCUCAUUAUUAUUCUUAUUAUUAUUAUUCCCAGAGGCGGGACAGUGCUCACCGAGGACAUGGGCUCAGUGUGACCGUCACAGAGCUCAGUGUGACACGGGGAGCGCAUCUAGCAGCCCAGCCCGGGUAUCCAGCCAGGUAUGUGUGGGCAGUGAUACCUCCUGGAGGGAACAAACAGCAGCCCUGCCCGGGGAUGGACAGCCCUGCCCGGCUGGAGGGGGUUACUGGCAGGCUAUCCAGAGAUAGGGGGGCUCUGACUGGGGGGAGGGGGUUACUGGCAGGCUAUCCAGAGAUAGGGGCUCUGACUGGGGAGGGGGUUACCGGAAGGAUAUCCAGAGAUAGGGGGCUCUGACUGGGGAGGGGCUCGGCAGGCUAUCCAGAGAGAUAGGGGGCUCUGACUGGGAGGGGGUUACUGGCAGGCUAUCCAGAGAGGGGGCUCUGACUGGGGAGGGGGUUACUGAAGGAUAUCCAGAGAUAGGGGGCCUGACUGGGGGAGGGGGGGGUUACUGGCAGGCUAUCCAGAUAGGGCUCUGACCGGGGGAGGGGGUUACUGGCAGGAUAUCCAGAGAUAGGGGGCUCUGACUGGGAGGGGGUUACCGCAGGCUAUCCAGAGAUAGGGGGCUCUGACCGGGGAGGGGGUUACUGGCAGGCUAUCCAGAGAUAGGCUCUGACCGGGGGAGGGGGUUACUGGCAGGCUAUCCAGAGAUAGGGGGCUCUGACUGGGGAGGGGCUACUGGCAGGCUAUCCAAGAGAUAGGGGCUCUGACUGGGGAGGUUACUGGCAGGAUAUCCAGAGAUAGGGCUCUGACUGGGGAGGGGGUUACUGCAGGAUAUCCAGAGAUAGGGGGCUCUGACUGGGAGGGGGCUACUGGCAGGAUAUCCAGAGAUAGGGGCCUGACUGGGGAGGGGCUACUGGCAGGAUAUCCAGAGAUAGGGGCCUUGGACUGGGGGAGGGGGUUACUGGCAGGAUAUCCAGAGAUAGGGGGGCUCUGACUGGGGAGGGUUACCGGCAGGAUAUCCAGAGAUAGGGGGCCUUGACUGGGAGGGGGGUUACUGGCAGGAUAUCCAGAGAUAGGGGCCUGACUGGGGAGUGGGGUUACUGGCAGGCUAUCCAGAGAUAGGGGGCUCUGACUGGGGAGGGGGUUACUGGCAGGCUAUCCAGAGAUAGGGGGGGCUCUGACUGGGGGAGGGGGUUACUGGCAGGUUAUCCCGUGAUAUGGGAGCUCUGACUGGGGGAGGGGGUUACAUGGCCAGAUAUUGGUAACAGUGACAUGGUCUAGAGAGGGGCGGAGAGCAGUGUGGCAGUGGUUAUGGUGGCAGUGAGAUGUUCUGGUGUGGUGGUAGUUGUUCUUUGAAGCUGCUAAUGGGGAGGUGUGUUUGUGAUGGCAGUGGUGAUGGUGGCAGUGAUAUGGUCUGGUGAGGUGAUAGUUGUUCUGUUAAGCUGCUAAUGGGGAUUGUGUUUGUGAUGUUUGUGAAGAGCUGCCCAUAUUUAAUAGCUGGUUUGAGGUGAUCAUAAUGGACUGUUUUGUAGGCCAGCUGUAUUGUGAUUUCUUCUUGCUUUCAUUCAGGUAUGGUGGUGUGUUCACGGCUGCCACCAGAACUCUUCCUUGAAAACUAUUGGCCAGGGCCCCCCUACACACACUGCUACACCUAUACACACACAGCUACACUUAUACACACACUGCCAGACUAAGCUGCACUAUGCCAUACACAUAGAUACAAAUACACACUGACAUUCAUCUAUAAUACCUAGCACACACAUAUACAUAUACAUAUAUAUAUAUAUAUAUAUAAUCUAUAUCUCUGGCUCUGGUUUUACCUACCUUCGCGUCUGGUGGAGGGUGGCUUCCCUGUAGUCCAGCGGGGCUGCAAGCAUUGCUUGGCUUUCCUUGACAUCCUGCAUAGCUUCCUUCUUGCUCUGGGAAGAAGGCAUUUUACAUACUUUUCACCAUUGUGCUAGCCGGGCACAAUCGGGCACUGUAACAUGGCUCUGGGUUUGCUCUUGUGGCGCCCAUAGGAGGUUGUGAGCCUCUGCCUCGGGAGUUGGCUAGAUGUUAUCUGCUGGUGAGGAGUUCUGCUGGUAUCGUGAAGAAAAAAUGUAAUCUCUUCAAAUAACUAAAUUUUUAUUUCGUUUUAUAUAUAGCGGAAGCAGUGGGACUGGUCUCAGGGUUUGCAAUCAGACCUAUCAUGCCCAGCAUUUGUCCCUUCUCCUAAGGGGAAAUAUAGCAGCAUUAUAUUCCAGCACUACCGGAUUAAUAGGCCACUACUCCAUACUAAUUCUUCUUGACCUCUCUGCUGCCUUUGACACCGUUGAUCAUGCUCUACUUCUUCAAACUCUUCAGUAACUCGGUCUCUGUGACUCUGUCCUCUCGGGGUUUUCCUCUUAUCUCUCCCAACACUCAUUCAGUGUCUCCUUUUCUAAUGAUACCUCCUCCCUUCAUCCUGUUUCGGUUGGAGUCUCCCAAGGCUAUGUCAUUGGUCUCCUUCUAUUUUCUCUUUAUACUGCCUCUCUUGGCAAACUAAUUACCCCAUUUGGAUUCCACUACUACCUGUACGCUGAUGACAGCCAUAUAUAUCUCUCCUCCCUGGACCUCUACCCUGUCGUCCUGCAACGUGUCACUGCUUGCCUUUCUUCCAUCUCUGACUGGAUGUCCUCCCGUUUUCUGAAACUAAAUCUCUCUAAAACUGAGUGUGACGGACCGCUGGCACUCCGACCGAGUACCACCGCCAAUUGAUGCUCCUGGUGCGUGCUGAGAACUCAAAACACUCCAACCGACACCAUAAUCACUGCAGACCCCACUUCCAGCGAUGCAGCUGCGCCGGGGUCUUGCUGUCUUUCACCGACCCUGGACCCAAGGCCAGGAUCCAGCUUCCAGGGGGUAGACCUCUCCUAUAUCUAGAGAGCAGGAACAAGCUCUUACAAGAGCUUAUACUCAGGGGAGUAGUGUGAUAUAGCAAUCCCCAAGAGUGUAGUUAGGCUUCAAGAAAGGGUCAAGUAGUUCUGUUUAAUUGGCACCAAAGGGUCUUCUUUUAUGAAGGCCUUACACAUACAGGACCACCCACAGGGUUUUGCAGAACAACCAAUAAACACGUAACAUACAGUAAAAAGACACCCAUCAAUAACACACAAAUCCUCCGGUCUGCCUGUGAUAUAAUUACUGAACACAAUGGGUUAAAGUAAUUAUCACAGGCAGGAAAAAUACACUUUUUAUACAUACACUGUAACUUUAAAAAUAUACAUCCAAUCUUCAUGAAACAUACAUUUUCAGAAUCAGCACACUUUAAAUAUAAACACUUUUAUAAAUCAUACAAAUCCAUCCACUAGAUAAAGUUAGACGGAAGUCCUUUAUGACCGACCACAAGCACAUUUUCCUGCCCAAAACAGUUCCAUAGAUUUAGGCUGUGCGGUCGGUCUAUUUCAGGCAGAAAAAUGAUUAAGUCCCAUUCGAAUGCACGAACGGGGCCGUUCGUGCAAUUCGCUCAGUAUAGCAGUGAGUUCAAACUGCCGAACGGGACUUAGUCUCUGUAGCUAAAAACUGAGUGUAGGAGAAGGUAAGGGUCAGUGGUGUUCGUGAAAAUGUGUAGCCGAUUUCAGUCCACAGAUUUGACUACACACACCGCUGACCUCGUUCGAAUGGACAAAGAUGGCUGCGGCCACCCAGCGAUCGGCAAUUUACCUACAGCAGGCUCCCAGCCUGGGAGUUAAAUUGCCUGCACACUUCCACUUCUGGGUGGUCCGCCUGUGUUGUACUUGGUUCAGUAAGCUCCAUUUACUGAACCAAGUGUAAAGAAGCCAUGAAUAAAGUACUUUAACCAAGUCUGGGGACACUGUCUUAAAGGAGAAUUGUUCCCAAAAGUCACAAGAUGGUUCUUAAAGGGCCAGCACGGUCCAAUAAAAAACAAUAUGCCUAAAUGUUGGUGUUAAAGGGCACAAUCUCCCAGGGGCCAUAGUCCCAUGGUAAGAGGCUGACAAGCAGGCCUCUCCAGGACCAAGUGGCGAAGGGCACUUCAUCACACUGAGCUCCUUGUCUUUCCUCCUCUUUCGCUCUCCCUUUAAGUUAGUGGUAUCCACAUCAGUCCAUCCUUGCAAGCGCGCGCUGUCUUGGUGUCAUACUUGAUUCUGGCCUCACAUAGCCCGCAUCCACCCCUUUCUUAUGCAAGAUGUUACUAAGGAGCUUGUCCAUUCUCUAGUAAUUUCCCACAUGGAUUAUUGUAACCUUCUUCUAAUUGGUCUUCCCAAAAACCGUAUUGCCCCACUACAGUAAUGAAUUCUGCCACCAGACUGAUUUUCUUCUCUAGUCGGUCCUCUCACACCUCACCCCUUUGUCAGUCCUUACAUUGGCUUCCUGUAUCCUAUAGAAGUCAAUUCAAAGUGCUAACCCAUACCUAUAAAGCAUUGACCAAUUCUAGCCCCUCUUAUAUCUCUUCACGGAUUCAUAGGUAUGCCCCUUCUCUGUCUCUCCGCUUUGCCCGUGACCUUCUCCUGUCCUAAACUCGCAUGCGUACGGCCAACUUAUGCUUGCAGGACUUCUCGCGGGCGGCUCCCUCCUAUGGAAUAGCCUGCCUACUGCUAUCAGACUCUCCUCUAGUCUUCAAUAGAUUAACAAGUGCCUUGAAACACAGCUCUUUUAGGUAAGCUUAUUGUCUCCCAGAGUAACCUCUACCUCACAUACCUGUCCCUUGCUCUAUCCUAAAGGGCAGCACUCUACUCUCUCCUCCAGCUCUGCUUCACUCCCACCUUAUUUGAUUGUAUUUCUGGUCCUAUUGUGUUUAACACCCCACCUCCUGUAGACUGUAAGCUCGUUUGAACAUGGUCCUCUUCAACCUAUCGUUCCUGUAAGUUUUCUUGUAAUUGUCCUAUUUAUAGUUAAAUCCCCACUCUUAUAAUAUUGUAAAGCACUUUGUAAUCUGUUGGCGCUAUAUAAAUGACAAUAAUAAUAAUAGUAGUGCCAAGGAUCUUCCAGAGAGAGUGAAAGAGAUUCAGAAGAAGAUCCUCCACAAAUAUCAGCCAGAUAAUAGUGGGUUACAGUGCUACAUUAUUGAGACACACACAGAGGGUUUUUAUAUAUGCCUUUUGUAUGUACAGUGAGCACAAUGAUGAGGACUGUGAUAUACAUUGGAGACUUCAGGUAGUGGUAUGGCAGCCAGUUUGAACGGGUGUGGAACCUACUCCUGUAACAACGGGACAAUGCCUGGCUAGAAAAACAAUGAGGUAGGCAUGGGGGAGAAAGGAAGCACACAAAAUGGAUACUCAAUACAUUUAACUUCAGUCCAAACACACCAUAUCAAAAGUCCCAUGGUUAGCCAUAGUCUGGUUUUAGCCAUAACAGAGGAUCCAUAGUCUUUGGGAAGGAGGCUGGCCUCCAAGCAUCUCCACAAGACAUAUUUUCUAUGUUUAAUUGGCAGCAUUUAAAAGGUAGGGAAAUAAUCCGUUAUUUAUAUAUAUAUUCCAUAUAUAGUGGCAGUAAGACAAAAGUAUUUUAAAGAUGUUCUCCUGCAAAGGACAGGCAGGAUCUAUAAUUUUAGAUACAGAACCCAUAGCAUAUAAAACUUAAUGCCAACAAGCUUUCCCUAUGAUCUGCCUGUCCUUCAUGAGGACAGAGGAGGCAGGGACUCACAUUUUAUAUUAAGGGGCAGCAAGUAGAUGUGUAUGGACUUUACUUCAGGGUGCUAUCACCGAAUGGUAGCCGCAUAUAUGGGGGUUCGCUGCAUUGGCAUCCUCCUCCAGGGUCUGCAGGCUUGGUGCUGCUUCCUUCUUCAUUUGCCUAGUUCUUUUCGGGUGCAGGAAAUGGUGCCUGUACAUCGCAAAGACGUGUGUACUGAGAAAGAGAGGUGGAAUGCGUGCACAUGUUUCAAUGCGUUCUACUGUGAGCACGAAUUAAGCAAUUGCGACUCUUGGUGCCAGAAAUGACAUGUUGAUUGGUUUAAGGGCACAGUACAGCAGAACAGACCACCGGGCGAGAGUCUCUUCAGCUGAUGUGUGCUACAUCAGUGCCCUAAGCAUACUAGAGGAGGAUUUAAGGUAGGACUUUCUGUCUUGUUGCUUUUAAAUGUUUCCUCUUUUCUCCUUAUGACUUUAGUUAGCUUUUUAUCUUUUUCCUUUUCAGGAUGUCUAAUCCAACAGAAUCUCCUGAGAAAAUGCAAGAUUAAAGCAGUAGCUAAAACUAAACGCUAGUGCUGUGCUACCUACAAUAUUCUGUUACUAGAUUUUUCAAAGAGAAAACUAUGUAAUUAUUUUUUCCAAGGAAUCUUCUGAGGAUGCUAAAAAAAAUUAGAAAUAUUAUCUUUCCUCUCCUGUUUCCAGAACCGCUUACAAAAACCUUCCUGUAUGUAAAACAGCUAUCAUUACCAUCUAUCCUUUCUCCUCAAGAGUUAAAGGGGCAUUCAUUUUAAGGGAAGAAAAGGCUGAGAUAAUUUUCAGACUCAGGAGAGGAAUAUAUAUAUUUUAUUUCUUUCAACUCCAAAUUCAAAAGAUUUCUCUGAUGAUCUAUCGAAUUUUCAUGAUAGGAACAUAGAUAAUCUAAUCAAAGAGAUCUCCUAUGCUAUGGAGGCAGAAGGAGACUGCUCAGACAGACACAAGAGACAAAAUGUUUUCUUUUCAUCCCCCCCCCCCCUUUAAACAGCUCUUGUCCAGCUAAUGGAAGACAAACAUUUUUAAGCAUCUAUUUUCUGUUAAAGAUGAAGAUAAACCUCUAGAUGAUCUUCCUCGGGUAGAUACACCUAUCAGCUCAGCUUGGCAAAAAGAUAACACACGUGUUUCAUGGCCCCGCGGGUACUUACCCUCAGUCCUUCGCCGCCCGCGGUCUCCCCUGCCUGUCGGCGAGUCCAGUCCUCCUCCUCGCCUCCCAGCACCAGCAUGUAUAACGCUGCAUGCUGGGAGCCCGCGCACUUAUGUGAACGCCGGUGUCAGUCACGUGACCCGGCAUUAAAGACACAGUACCUUAUUCACAGUGGGAGGUAUAAAUAUCCCCCUUGUGUGUUUGUUAAUUCUGAUUGGAAGUUAUCCAAUCAGAAUUAAGCACAGGGUUUUUAUACUUACCUUUUCUGUCUCUCAGUGCCCUGUUGUGGUCUUGUGUUACCUGUAGUGCAGUUUGCUCGUGUUUCUCGCUGGUUACCGAUUAUUUGGCUUAUUCCGAUUUUUCUGAUUUCUCCAUUCCUUUGACCUCGGCUUGUUUCUCGCUCUGCUGUUUUCUGGCUCCCUUUACUUGGCUUGUCUCCUGACUAUUCUUAGUGUGCGUAACCCGGCCAUUCUAAGGACCGGAAUAGCACCAUUCCUCUCUGUGACCUGUUAGCAUGUUAGGGUCCCGAAUCGUGACAACAUGUUAUUGGAGAGACAUCUAGCCUGAAAGAAUCUAUGUAUAGGAAAUCUGAAACAUCCCCGAGAAGAGCUUUUUAUGCAUUAGCAGCUCCAGAAAGGCAGGGCUCAAAUAAUGUGGUUGGAGACAUUGGGAAAACGUUCAUUGUAACUAGUCAGGUGAAGUGCUCUUAAAGCUCUUACAAAAAUCAAGCUAGCUGCAGAUUUUCUUUAUGAUGCAUCAUUUGAAGCCUUAUGGUUAUCAGUCAGAGCUAUGGGAUUAGCAACGGAAGCAAGAAGUGUGGUCUCGCUUGCAUUGUAGACAGUGGAUGCUCCAUCCAAAUAAUCACUCUGUGAGUUGCCAUUGGAACAAAGUAGACUAUUUGGUUUCUCCCUGGAGUUUAAGUUAUAAAGCAUAUGGCAGACAACACAUUUUAAUUGACCAGGAAAACAGAUUCCUAUAAUUUUAUUUUCUGAGCCAUUUCCUUUGUGCUGUUUACAUCAAAACCGUUGCUUCUUCAUGGUGCAAAGCUAAUUAAUAAAAUGAAACACCUCUCAACUUUUCCCAACUUCAAUAUCUUUUUUGGGGGAUUCAAAUAUUGUCUUCAUUCCAAAUGAAGGUCCUCUUGCCAGAAGACAAAAGAAAGAGCAAAAUAAGAAGCCUGCUUUUUUUUUCUUAGUGGAAAGAAUGCAGCAUUAAAAAGCUAUAAGUAUCCUAGGUCUUCUGACUUAAACCAUACCAGCUGUCAGAGCUCAUAUGCAUCCUCUUAACAUUCUUGCAGUGUGUGUGUGUGUGUGUGUGUGUGUGUAUGUAUGUAUGUAUGUAUAUUUUUUUUUAUUUUUUUUUAUCACUCUUUUCUGGCUCUGGAUUCCAUGAUGAAUAUUUGGCACUUAACUAUAACAAAGCUUUAGUGGCGGAUCACAAGUUCUUUCUCCAAGAAAGAGGUUACAAAUAUCAUACACAGUACUGAAAGCCUAAGUCUCCUAAAAAAAAAAAAAAAAAAAAAAAGUUAUGUAUCUAAGUGGUAUGACCACUACAUGCUUAUGUAGCUUCUGUGGUAUUGUUAGACAAUGGGUGCUGCCCAGUUUGCAGUCAAAUGAUUUUCACAGUGUGACUGAAAACUAGGGGCUCUCGCAGCACCUUUGGCAUGGCCCCAGCUUGCUGUAAGUCCUAAUGUAGAAGCAGUAUCCUUUUCAUUUUAUUGAGAUUGAUUGAUUGUCUGCCUGCCUGCACUGCAAGGGUUAUCUCAUACAGAAAGCAUCAGGCUCUUUAUCGCUGGUAGUGGAGGCAGUAAGCGGCGCACUGUAGUAGUUAUGGGGUUUAGAGUUUUACUUUAAAAAAAAUGUGAUGUUAUAUAGGCUGAAAAAAAAAAAAAAGACUCCAGUCCCUCAAGUUUAAUCUAUCUAUGUGUUUCUGCUGUUAAUCCAAAAGAACAUGUGAGUGCUCUAUGGGAUAUUGGUACUAUGUUGGUGAUUAACGGGUAAAUGUGAUGGGGUGAAUCCAGGAAAAAAUAAAAUCACAGGAAGAUAAGUCACAGAAAAAAGGAUCCCGAACGCUAAAAUUAUUUUUGCUGAUAUCCGUAUUGAUGUCUGAAAAUGAAUUUUCUUCUUAAAGAAGUAGAGCGGCAUGUGACAACAUUAAAACACUAAAUAUACAUGGAAUGGCACAAUAUUAUGUACAGUGGUUUCAAUCUUUACAUGUCAUGGUUUAUAUCUUAAUGACUCACUGACUUAAGUCUGCUUUUUUUCCCGCAUUUUGUGUAAUGCCCUCAAAUGUAAAUGAUCUGGUCAAUAUAUAAAUGUCAGUUAAUACAUGUUUUCAAAGUGUAUAGUUGUUUGUUGAUGGUAGUGUGACUUUUCUUCCUAGAGGAAGUUGUGACGUUUCUUUUUAUGCACCGAUAGGAAUGACUGUGUAAUUAACUAACAGAUGGAUAUAUAAUGUGAGGGUACUACUAUUGGGUGACUGCUCUGCUCUUUCUGUUCCAUAGAAAUCUUCAUGUUCAUGUAUAGCAGUUUUUUCCAUCAUAAUUAGAAUGUACUGUAUAUACUCGUGUAUAAGUCGAGAGAUUUUAGUCCUAAACCUAAUUUUAAAACGCAGAGUCUACUUAUCCAUGGGUCAUUGCUAGUUUCGCUAGAAUUUUGUACGAUGUUCGCCAGUUGAAUGCGAGGCAAUGUCGACGACCAUGUACCGUUGCCUGUGUUCGGGAGACGAACACGUGCGUUCGUAUAAAGGAAUGGCAGCUACCCAGGGAAUGCGUGUUUGCAGUUAACAGCUAGGGGUGGUCGGUGAUUACGAGGUGUUAACAAGGGGGACCACACAGAGUUUGUUCGGUAACCGAAUAGAAGGGGAACAAUUCCAUUUGAAAGUCGUACCCUUGACUUAUCCAUGAGUCAUAGCAUAUUUUGCAAUUGUUGGUCAAAAACUGCACUCGACUUAUACACUAGAUCGACUUAUAGACGAGCAUAUGCGGUAGUUGAAUAUCGUUAAUCUUAAGCGUAAAUAACAAUGUAUUUCUUUCCACCAGAUAUUCUGCAGACAUAGCCCUGAAGUAUCUGAUGCCUCCAUCUUUUCUGAAGAUUGUGUUACCAAAGGUACAAGGAACAUGGAAACAAGUUUUACAGAAUGUUGCAAAACAGUUCACAAACUAAGAAAGCCACAGAGCAAACUUGUGCAAAAUACUAGAGAGGAAUCACACUUUUGUGAAGCAGGGAAUCUCACAGGCUCCCACAUUAAUGGUCCUAAACAACAUGCAAUGAGACCUCUUUCUACUCCUAUUAAGACGGAAUCAGACUCGGAUCAUGAAGUAAAUCUCACUGGCAUAUAUACAAACUCUGGUCAUAAGCCAGAAUAUACAUAUUCAAUUAAAGAAGAGUCAGCUUUACAUCAAUUAGGAAAUUUCAUAGGUGUUAACAUGUGUAUACCUUUGGAAUAUUCACAAACAGAUUGUACAUCUACGCAUAUAAGGGAGGAAUCCGCCUCAUAUGAAGAACAUCUUAUCACAGACACUAACAUCUAUACACCCAGAGAACACAAAUCUGCUUACAUACAGGAGGAAUUUUUCUCAAAUAAUGACAAAAAUAUCUCAGCUACAAGACAUUACACACCAGCGGAAUAUUUAUCUACUCAUAUUAAGAUGGAAUCAGUCUUGUGUGAAGGACAAAUAAGCAUAGACACUGACAUUUGUACAGCCACAAAACUUAAUUCUACUUAUAUAAAGGAGGAAUCUGCCUUAAGUGAAGAUUCUAUACAAGCAGAAUAUAUAUUUGCUUCCCUUAAGGAUGACCCAGUCUCAUGUGAAGAAACUAAUAUUACAAAUUCUGGCUUAUGUAUAACCAAAGAACACACACAGACAGAAUAUACUUCUGUGCACAUGAAAGAGGAACCUGGUGAUGAUGAAAAUGGGAUACUCGCAGGCAUUGACAUGUAUACCUCCACAGAACAUACACAGAAAGUAUAUACACCUACUGACAUUAAGGAGGAAUUCAGUGCUGAUGAAAACGGUAAAGUAUUAGACACUGCAAUUAAGGAGGAAUCUCUUGCUGAUGAAAAUGGAACAUUUAUAGACACUGACAUUUCUAUACCGGUAUAUGCAGACAUAGACUAUACAUCAAUUCAGAUUAAGGAGGAGCCAGCCUUCUGCAGAGAAGACACUGUCACAGAAACCGAAUAUACAUCUAAUGAUAUUGCAAGGGAUGGAAAAAGGAACCACUCUAAGCAGAGAACAUAUAAGAAAUUAGUGGAAAUAAAGUGCAGUGAAUGUGGUGAGGCAUUCAAUAGUGAAUCCAGUUAUCAUGCUCAUCAAAUGAAACACAGCUCAGAGAAGCUGCAUGGCGACUCUGAAUGCCAGAUGUGUAAUAAUUAUUCUAAGCUUGUUCAAAACCAGAGGGUUCGCAAAGGAAAGACUUUGAUUUGUCCUAAAUGUGGAAAACCGUUUUCUAAGAAACCUUUGAGAAGGCAGAAGAGAGGGAAAAAACCUUCGUCUUGCACUGAUUUUAAAGACAAUUUUUCUAGUACUUCACAACUUGUUAGAAAUCGGAAGUCUUACUCAGGGGAAAAGCUAUUUGUAUGUUCUGACUGUGGAAAAGGAUUUACAUGUAACUCAAAUCUUAUUACACAUCAACGGAUUCACACAGGGGAGAAACCAUUUUCAUGCUCUGAAUGUGGGCAGUGUUUUACCACUAAAUCAAAUCUAAUUACCCAUCACAAGAUUCACACCGGAGAGAAACCAUUCUUUUGUUCUGAUUGUGGGAAGUCUUUUUCAAGGAAAACAGAACUUGUUUCACAUCAAAAGAUUCACACAGGAGAGAAACCCUUCUCGUGUUCUGAAUGCGGGAAAUGUUUUUUGAGAAAAUCUGAACUUGUUAAACAUUUGAGGAUUCACACAGGAGAAAAGCCAUUCUCAUGCUCUGAAUGUGAAAAAAGUUUUUCAAGUAAAUCUAAUCUUGCAACACAUCAAAAAAUUCACACGGGAGAGAAACAUUUCUCAUGUUCACAAUGCGGGAAAUGUUUUGCAACCAAGUCAUAUCUUGUUACACAUCAGAGAACACACACAGGAGAAAAACCAUAUUUAUGUAAUCAAUGCGGGAAAUAUUUUUCCAGUAGUGCAAACCUUAUUACACAUCAGAAGAUUCACAAAGGAGAGAAACCAUUCUCAUGUUCUGAAUGUGGAAAAUGUUUUUCAAGUAAUGGAAAUCUUGUGACGCAUUCCAGAAUUCACACAGGAGAGAGACCGUUCGCAUGUUUAGAAUGUGGAAAAUGCUUCUCAAAUAAAUCAGUUCUUAUUAUACAUAGGAGAAUUCACACAGGAAGAAAACAGUUUUCAUGUGCUGAAUGUGGAAAAUGUUUUCAUGAUAAAUCAAAUCUUGUUCAGCAUCAGAGGAUUCACACAGGAGAGAAACCAUACUCAUGUCCUGAAUGUAGCAAAGCAUUUAGUUCCAAAUUAGGCUUUGUUAAACAUCAGUGGAUUCACAAAAGAUAGAUGAUAGUAUUGUGUUUAUUUACUAAACCCCAAAUUGUAGUAUAUUGAAAUUCACUAUUCAAACCAAAAGAGCUGAUUUGGAAAAUAAAUCUCCUACCUUGCUCUAGACACAGAUUGGCAGAAUUGAGAGUUCAGUGAAUAAACCUCAAUUGUACAAACAACAAAAAAAAGUAUUUUAUGCAUUACAGUCUUUACAUAUGAGGGAAAAAAUUAUGUUAGUAAAAUGUUUAUUUGUGGGCCUAUUUUUUUUUUUUUUUAUAGAACACACUUAAAAAGGCAUUUCACCCUAUUAUUCCUUUCUUGUUCCCCUUUAUAUUAAUGGUUAGUCCCACCACCACUUGCCUUUAUUUAUGGUUUUCUACAUUGCAUCAGAUUUCAAUACCUUGUUGUCACCAAUCUGUUCUCUUCUGUCCAUGAUGUUGCAAAUCUUAUAGACACUUUGCAGGUUUUCAGGUUUUGCAACUUUUUUUUCAUAUAACUACAAAAAAAACAUGCAGAAAAAACUAUGUAUAACUAAAAAAAAUUAAGGUACAUUUAAAAAAACAAACAAGUUGAAAUAAAGGAACAAAAAGGAUUAAUUUAAAUCAAAAUCUGAAAAGUGACAGUGUCUCUUCAAUGACUUAAAGAAAUUGAAAUGUAAAAAUAGUUACACAAAUACAUUUAUCUAUAGCUUGCAUUUAUAAAACCACUGUUACUUUAUUAUAUCCUGUGUAACUGACAUGAAAUAAUAUGCCACAUAUAGUACUUUUUUGGAGCCCUUCAAACCCAUCUUUGGAACAUUACACACUUAUCUAUAGACCUGUAUGUACUCACUCGCCAUGGCAAAUUGUAUGGACCCUUUGCAGGUCUGCACCUUUUGCAAGCUGUUUAUUUCAUAUACACACAAACAAAUCUAACAAAAUUAAUCCAUGAAUGUUUUUUUUUUUUUUUUUUGGGGGGUGGGGAGGGUUUAUCUAAAAAGUUGGUUUAAAAAAAAAAAAAAACAUUUUCAAUGGGAAAUGUUCUUUUACACUCCACCAGUUGCCAAAAACAGCCAAAGAGCAUGUCCUAAUAAGUAAAGAUAGUCUAUAUUUAAAUCUGCACUCUUCAUAAAAUGAAGUGGGGAAAAAAACCCAGCUGAAGUUCUUUAAGGAUCUGGAGUGUCCCUUUAAUCAACACAAUUUUGAAACCAUACUGCCGAAUUCACUUCAUUAAGGUAGUCAACUAGAGUGAUAAAGUAUCCAUUGAAGUCAAUAGGAUUGAUCAGGAAUAAUUAGGGUUUGCCUAUUUUUUUCAGACUUACUGGACUUUAUCAAGUGAUGUUGCUAGGAAAUAGUGAAAACGUAGUUUAUAUAUUCCAUGGUAAUUGUAAUGAAUAAGGAUAUAGCAUCCUUUCAAAACCGCAAAAUGUAUUUAUAUUACACUGCAAUUAUUUACCUAUAUGUGUGCUUAACUUGAAAGAUACAUAUUACCAAUAAAGCUAGU